ACAGUACUACCUGGUAUUUGUAGUACAGUACUACUAGAUGUACCUCUUUCCAAUGCCGGUCGAGUGAUGCCCUGCAUUUGAUACCCUGCAGUGCUUAAAGUUCCUCGCCGUCUCUCACCAAGCCAACGACUACAGGACGGGGGGUUGCUUUGCUUUGAGGACGACACAUCUUCGUGUUUGCCGUGUGCCCGCGGGCUAGGCAUGCAGUCGCCGCCAUCAUGGGUAUCAUGGGCCGACAUUUUGUCGACCUGUAUCCCCGUGAUGCAAACCUUACGUGGAGGCUGGUACCUUUCGUUCUGAUCUGGGCGGCCUUUGCGGUAAUUGUUGUGGUAUGGAUCCUCAUUACGUUGUUCGUCCCCAACCCCCGAAAACCGAGACCAUCCGAAAAGAAAUUCACCACAGUCGACAAGGCGGGCAAUGUGACGGAACCUGAACCGCUGCCCUGCUGGUAUGAUGAGUUAUUGCGCAGAUACGUCAAGGCGCGAGCGGAGGGUCGAGAUGAUGAGCUCGAACUUGAGAAAAAGAUUGAGCCGGCCGAACUAUUUAUGACGCUGGUUGUGCCCGCGUUCAACGAGGAGGACAGGCUCACGGGCAUGUUGGAGGAGGCGGUCAACUUUUUGGAAACCGAGUACGGCUCUUCUGCGGCAAUCGACAGGAAGACAGAGACUACGGAGACAUUUACAGAGACAUCUAUACCUACAAGCAUCAUCGACAACAACGGAAACGACGAGAAAACAGACGGCACAGCAACAACGACACGACGCAGAAAAGCCAAUGGCACCACCACCACCGCUGCGGAUACAUUAUCCACCACAUCUCCAUCAUCACAGCCACGUCGACCGCAGCCACAACUACGAGGCUGGGAAAUCCUAGUCGUAGACGACGGCUCGACAGACUCAACAGUCCUCACAGCACAGACAUUCUCACGCGUGCACAUCCUACCCAAACAACCACGCCGGCUCUCCGGACCCUGGACACACCGCAGCGAGCAAGGGGUCAAAAUCCCACCUGGAUCAAUUCGAAUCGUAUCGCUGGAAGAAAACCGCGGCAAGGGAGGCGCAGUGACACACGGAAUGCGACACGCGCGCGGCCAGUACGUGGUGUUCGCGGACGCCGACGGAGCCAGCAAGUUUUCUGAUCUCAGCAAGCUGGUACAGGCGUGCCGGGAGAUCGAAGACCAAGACGGCCGCGGCGUCGCCGUCGGCUCUCGCGCCCACCUGGUCGGCAGCGAGGCGGUGGUGAAACGGUCGAAAUUGCGUAAUUUUCUUAUGCACUCGUUCCAUCUGUUGCUCAAACUCAUGACGCCGCCGCAGACCGCCCGUAUCAAGGAUACCCAGUGUGGCUUUAAGCUGUUUUCCCGACCGACCUUGCCCUACAUCGUACCCCAUAUGCAUAUGGAUGGUUGGAUCUUUGAUGUCGAAAUGCUCAUGCUGGCGGAGUUCGCGGGCAUUCCUGUUGCCGAGGUGCCCGUCGGCUGGAAGGAGGUCGUGGGAAGUAAGUUGAAUGUCGUUAGGGAUAGUAUUGGUAUGGCGGUGGGGUUGGCUGUCUUGAGAAUAUGCUGGAGCACGGGGAUCUAUAGAAGAUAACAACGAUGAACUCUUGAAGCUGAGAUAACCGAAAAUCGAAAGGAACCAAUUUGGAUCUCUUCGAACCAGUGUCGAGACCAGUAUGAGAAUGAGGGUUUAUUAAUCCCUUGCAAUGCAAUGCAGUGGGAUCCGUCUCGUUUUGCGACGCGUGCUGGCUGAUAAAGACAAGAGAGAACCCAAACUAUACCUGCUAGUUCUCUUCCAAGGUCCUGCACUCAAUUGGCAUCAUGAAUGCGUCGACCUGCUACCCACAUACUACUGUAUCUACCUUAGGUACCUGGGUAGGUAGGUAGGUACUCUGCCUUUCUCAGGCCGACUCGCCAGCUUGAGUUGCCAUCAGUGAUGCAGUGAUUUGAUCGAAAUAUUUUAUU